AUGAUGGUCACCAGGUUAAUGGCCAGCAUCCUGCUCUACCUGCCAGUGUGCCACCAGCACCCACGGCUGCACGCCCUGUCCAGCAAGGCUGCACCCUGCUGCUGCGGGCAAACCCAGGUGGGUGCAGGAGGGGGAGGCUGGGACGCGCCGGGGCCUGGGGCCGGCAGCCUGCUGCCCUAUGUGCGGUGCAAGCUGGCGCGGGGCGAGCUCCACGUCUACCACCUCUGCACCUUCCAGCGGGCCAGCCUGCGGGGGGUCCUGCGCCGCACCCUGCGCUUCCUCUGCGCCCACCCCGGUGAGGCCGUGCUCAUGCGCAUCAAGGAAGAGUUGCCCAUUUUCCGCCAGCCUGACUUCGCCGCCCGGCUGCACCGCUGCUUGCUGGAGGAAGGACAGGGCCGCGUGUGGUGCUGGGAGGAGGUGCCAACGCUGGGCCAGGUGCGGGGGAAGAUCGUGGUGCUGGAGGCACUGGCGCGGGAGGUGCUGGGCAUCCCCUAUGAGCAGCUGAGCAUCAGCGACGCCUGGAACGUGCUCUCACUGGAGCGCAAGUGGGCCCGGGCCCGGCGGCACCUGGAAAGGGCGGCCAUCGGGGACCCUGCCACCAUGCACCUCACCUUCUGCUCUGGCAACGGGCUCUUCACCUGCCCCGAGGAGGUGGCCCGCUUCGUGAACCCCCGCUGCUACCAGCACCUGCGGCGCCGGAGGGGGCAGCCUGUGCGUUGGGGGGUGGUCAUCAUGGACUUCCCCGGGGCAGGGCUCCUCCGGCUCAUCGUAGAGAGCAAUGCCCCGUGGGCCUGCGGACACAUCACAGCAGCCCCCGGCACCCCCACAGUACCCUCACGGCACCCCCGCAGCAGAAGGGACAGACCGCAGCCAGCACAGCUCUGCUCACUGCCCGCGACGGUGUCCAUCGGGACGGACGCUGCACCCAGCACCACGCCUCUGCCGAAGGACGUCGGCGCCCACAGAGCAAAAGCAGGUCUCUAA